GUUUGAGGUUGUUAAAAAAUAAAUAUAAGGGCGGCCAUCUUUGUUUCUCUGCCUUGUAGUGUAAAAUAUUCCAAAACGCCCCCCCACUUUUGUGUGUCGAUUUGAAUAUUAAAUAAAUAUCAUAAUUCAGGAGGAAUACACUUUUAGAUCUCGCGGAACGGGGUUGGUGACGGGAAUAUCAUGUCCUCUCUUCUCCGUUCUUGUGAGGAAGAUGAGGGCACGGCGGUUAAUUCCGAGGGAGGAGAUUUUGAUGAAGAAGAAGACGACGGAGACCUGGACGAGAACGCAAGCGACAUAAACUCGCCGGCGGCGCCUAGAGAAACUGCAGCAAGAGCCGCGCCAGAUGAUGGACACAAUGUCGGCAAGAUAUCGGACAGAGACAGCCUGGGGAAAAAGAAACGAGGCCCAAAGAAAAAGAAAGAGACAAAGAAAAAAGACAAAGACAAGGAGGGGAAGAUGUCCAAAGCACGCAAGCGCAAAAAAUUAGACAGUGACAUAGAGAGAGACUCAGACUAUGGCGUGAACUCUGACAGUGCUGCCAGUGAUUAUGGAGGAGAGAAGAAAAAGAAGAAAAAACACAAGGACAAAAAAGAAAAGAAAACCAAAAAAAAGAAGAAAGAUGAUGAAGACAGCACACACAAGGAGACCACAAAGUCUCUAUUCCAGCCAGUAGAGUUGAAGACUUCGGCCCAGCUGGCUAAAGACUGGGGUUUAGAGGAUGUUGAUCACACCUUCACCGAGGAGGAUUACCGCACACUAACCAACUACAAAGCCUUCAGCCAGUUCAUGAGACCCAUGAUUGCUAAGAAGAAUCCUAAAAUACCCAUGUCUAAGAUGAUGACCAUUCUGGGAGCUAAAUGGCGGGAGUUCAGCUCUAAUAAUCCGUUCAAAGGUUCGGCAGCAGCAGUUGCUGCUGCUGCUGCUGCCGCCGCGGCUGCCGUUGCUGAGCAGGUCUCUGCUGCAACAGCAUCCCCUGAACCUCCUCCUCAGCCACCACCGCUUCGCAAGGCCAAAACCAAAGAGGGGAAAGGGCCUGGCUACAAGAAACGCAGUAAGAGUCCUCGUGUCUCAGACAAGAAGAAGCCGAAACCCAAGAAAAUGGCUCCACUUCGCAUCAAACUGGGAGCACUUGGUAGCAAGAGAAAGAAGAGCAGCUCGAGUGAAGAGGCAGAAGAAGACGACUCUGAGCAGGAAAACUCCAGUGUUCACAGUUCCUCAGUGCGUUCCGACAGCUCAGGACGUGUCAAGAAGAACAAGAGGGGUCGCCCGGCGAAGAAGAAGAAAAAAGUGCUGGCCGAUGAGGAUGGUGAUGGCUAUGAGACAGACCAUCAGGACUACUGCGAGGUGUGUCAGCAGGGAGGGGAGAUCAUUCUGUGUGAUACAUGUCCUCGAGCGUACCACCUGGUAUGCCUGGAGCCUGAGCUGGAGAAAGCCCCUGAGGGCAAGUGGAGCUGCCCUCACUGUGAGAAGGAAGGGAUCCAAUGGGAAGCAAAGGAAGAAGACUUUGAGGACUUUGAAGAGGAGUGUGACGAUGUCCGGGAUGUGGAAUCGGGGCUGGGUGGAGAGGAAGAGGAGGAUGAUCACAUAGAGUUUUGUCGUGUGUGUAAAGAUGGAGGAGAGCUGCUGUGCUGUGACUCCUGCCCGUCAUCCUAUCACAUUCACUGCCUAAACCCCCCACUACCCGAGAUCCCCAAUGGAGAGUGGCUGUGUCCACGCUGCACUUGUCCACCGAUCAAAGGACGAGUGCAGAAGAUUCUGCACUGGAGAUGGGGUGAACCCCCACCACCAGUACCUGUCCCUCCACCCCCAGAUGCGCCCCCUGAUGCCCCACCCCCUCCACCCAUGAAGGGCCGUCCAGAGAGGGAGUUCUUUGUAAAGCUGGCGGGACAGUCUUACUGGCACUGCACCUGGAUUACAGAGCUACAGCUGGAGAUCUUCCACUCUGUGAUGUUCCGGAACUAUCAGAGGAAAACAGACAUGGAUGAGCCGCCCAGUCUGGACUAUGGCUCUGGGGGAGAGGAGGAUUCUGGGAAGAGUGAGAAGCGGAGGGCCAAAGACCCUCAAUAUGCCAUCUUGGAGGAGAAGUACUAUCGCUAUGGCAUCAAGCCAGAGUGGAUGGUGGUGCACAGGAUAAUCAACCACAGCGUGGAUAAAAAGGGGAACUACCACUACCUGGUUAAAUGGCGAGAUCUGACCUAUGACCAGUGCACUUGGGAGAGGGACGAUCUGGACAUCCCAGAGUUUGCAGUGCACAAAGCUGCCUACUGGAGACACAGGGAGGAAGUGAUGAAGGAAGACCCAGAGAAGCCGAGGAAGAUGAGGAGGAGAGAGGAGAAUGAUGAAGCUCUAGGCACCCCUGUUAAUGAUCCCACAAUCAAGUAUGAGGAGCAGCCGGACUUUGUAACAGAGACUGGAGGGACGCUGCACCUCUACCAGCUUGAAGGGUUGAACUGGCUACGGUUCUCCUGGGCUCAGGGAACUGACACCAUCCUGGCUGAUGAAAUGGGCUUGGGCAAGACCAUCCAGACCAUCGUCUUCCUCUACUCACUGUUUAAAGAGGGUCACACUAAAGGGCCAUUCCUAGUGAGCGCACCACUCUCCACGAUCAUUAACUGGGAGAGAGAGUUUGAGAUGUGGGCCCCUGACUUCUACGUCGUCACCUACACCGGAGACAAGGACAGCCGCAGCAUCAUCCUUGAGAAUGAGUUCUCGUUCGAUGACACAGCGGUAAAGGGAGGAAAGAAGGCCUUCAAAUUACGGAGAGAAGCUCCCAUUAAAUUCCAUGUGUUGCUGACAUCCUAUGAGCUGGUGACCAUAGACCAGAUCGUUCUUAAGUCCAUCGAAUGGGCCUGUCUGGUGGUGGAUGAAGCCCACCGCCUCAAAAACAACCAGUCUAAGUUCUUCAGGAGACUUAAUGACUACAAGAUUGACCAUAAGCUGCUGCUAACAGGAACUCCACUGCAGAACAACCUGGAGGAACUUUUCCAUCUGCUCAACUUCCUGACACCCAACCGCUUCAAUAAUUUAGAGGGUUUUCUAGAGGAGUUUGCAGAUAUCUCCAAAGAGGACCAGAUCAAGAAGCUGCAUGACUUGCUUGGGCCGCACAUGCUCCGGAGACUCAAAGCUGACGUGUUUAAGAACAUGCCGGCCAAAACUGAGCUGAUUGUCCGAGUGGAGCUCAGCCCCAUGCAGAAAAAAUACUACAAGUUCAUUCUGACUCGUAACUUUGAGGCACUGAAUUCAAAGGGAGGAGGAAACCAGGUGUCUUUGCUCAACAUAAUGAUGGACCUGAAAAAGUGCUGCAACCACCCCUACCUCUUCCCUGUCGCUUCUGCCGAAGCUCCUAAAACACCAAGCGGAGCUUAUGAAGGUGUAGGUCUCACCAAGGCCUCUGGGAAACUCAUGCUGCUGCAGAAGAUGCUCAGAAAGCUGAAAGAACAAGGCCACAGAGUGCUGGUGUUCUCUCAGAUGACCAAGAUGCUGGAUUUGCUGGAGGAUUUCCUGGAUUAUGAGGGUUAUAAAUAUGAGCGAAUUGAUGGAGGCAUCACUGGAGCUCUCCGACAGGAAGCCAUUGACAGAUUCAAUGCUCCUGGAGCGUGUCAGUUUUGUUUUCUUCUUUCUACACGAGCGGGUGGCCUGGGCAUCAACUUGGCCACUGCAGACACAGUCAUCAUCUUUGACUCUGACUGGAAUCCUCACAAUGACAUUCAGGCCUUUAGCCGAGCUCACCGCAUUGGUCAGGCUAACAAGGUGAUGAUCUAUCGUUUUGUGACUCGGGCCUCUGUCGAGGAACGGAUCACUCAGGUGGCCAAAAGGAAGAUGAUGCUCACACAUCUGGUGGUGCGACCUGGUCUGGGUUCAAAAGCUGGAUCCAUGUCCAAACAAGAGCUGGAUGACAUCCUCAAGUUUGGCACCGAGGAGCUUUUCAAGGAUGAGAUUGAAGCAGGGGACAAUAAGGACGAAGACAGCAGCAUAAUUCACUACGACAAUGCCGCCAUCGAGCGCCUGUUGGACCGCAGCCAGGACGCCACGGAUGACUCUGACAUGCAGAACAUGAACGAAUAUCUCAGCUCCUUCAAGGUGGCGCAGUAUACUGUCAAAGAGGAUGACAAGAUAGAGGAGAUUGAGAGAGAGAUAAUUAAGCAGGAAGAGAACGUGGAUCCUGAUUACUGGGAGAAACUCUUGAGGCAUCACUAUGAGCAGCAGCAAGAAGAUCUGGCCCGCAAUCUCGGCAAAGGAAAGAGAGUCCGCAAACAGGUCAACUACAAUGACGCAGCCCAGGAGGACCAAGAGUGGCAUGCUGACAUUUCAGAUAACCAAUCAGAAUACUCCGUUGGCUCAGAGGAGGAAGACGAGGACUUUGAUGAGAGACCUGAGGGUCGCAGACAGUCACGCAGACAUCUUAGAAAUGAGAAGGAUAAACCACUGCCCCCUCUGUUGGCCAGAGUGGGGGGCAACAUUGAGGUAUUGGGCUUUAAUAUGCGCCAGAGAAAGGCCUUCUUGAAUGCUGUAAUGAGGUGGGGGAUGCCCGCUCAGGACGCCUUCUCCUGCCAGUGGUUGGUGCGAGACCUUCGCGGCAAGAGCGAGAAAGAGUUCAAGGCGUAUGUGUCGCUCUUCAUGAGGCAUCUAUGUGAGCCGGUGGCUGAUGGUUCGGAGACGUUUGCUGACGGUGUUCCGCGGGAGGGUCUCUGCAGGCAGCCAGUCCUCACGCGUAUAGGGGUCAUGUCUCUGGUCAAGAAGAAGGUGCAAGAAUUUGAUCACAUUAAUGGGAAAUGGAGCAUGCCUGAACUGAAGCCAGAGAUUACUGUGGACUCCAAGAGAUCUUCAAGAGCCUCUUCACCUGCCAUUAAGACAGACACUCCCACACCUGAACCCAGCUGUAACAACACGCCCUGCACCUCCAAACCAGCCACUCCCACUCCACCUGACAAGAUAGAAAAGAGCGGGAAAGAGGGUGAGAAAGACGAGUGCGAGCCCCAGACAGAGCCAGAAAAAGAGAGAGAGAAGGAGAAAAUGAAAGAAGGAAAGGAGGGAGGGAGUGUGGAAAGCACAGAGCAUGGGGGGACCUCCACCACAGUGAAAGAGGGUGAGAAAGAAUCCUCAACCAAUGAUAAAUCCCAGACAUCCGAAGGUCCCACAACAGUUAGUGAUGACUCCAAAACGAAAGAAAACCCUGACAUCCCUCCGUCUUCCCCCAAAGAAAAAAGUGAGAAAGAGAAACGAGAGGAGGAAAGCUCUGAGAAAGAGGCCUUGAAGGAAGAUUCCACGUCUGAUUCCCCAACCGUUAAAGACGAGAGCAGAGAGGCUGUGAAAGAGGAGAAGGGAGAGAAAAGAGACAAGGCUGGUGAAGAGAAGGAGAAGAGUGAGGUGACGGCUCCAACAGAAACAACAGAAAAGAUAGAGAAAACAGAUGGUCAGUCUUCUGAUGUCAAAAAAGAGGAGGUGAAGGGUGAAAAAGAUGCUGGGAAAGAGUUCAGAGGGCCAAGGGAGGAGGUACACAAAGGUAACGGUAAACCCACAGAGCGUCCACGAUUCAUGUUCAACAUUGCAGAUGGAGGCUUCACAGAGUUACACACUCUUUGGCAGAACGAGGAGCGGGCGGCAAUUUCAUCAGGCAAGAUCAAUGAGAUCUGGCACCGGCGACACGACUUCUGGCUGUUGGCAGGCAUUGUGUGUCAUGGCUAUGCACGGUGGCAAGACAUUCAGAACGACCCGCAGUUCGCCAUCGUAAACGAACCAUUCAAAACUCAAGCCAACAAAGGAAACUUCUUAGAGAUGAAGAACAAGUUCCUCGCCAGACGGUUUAAGUUGCUGGAACAGGCUCUAGUGAUAGAGGAGCAAUUGCGUCGGGCUGCAUAUCUCAACAUGACCCAGGACCCCACUCACCCAGCCAUGGCCCUGAAUGCUCGUUUUGCUGAGGUGGAAUGUCUGGCCGAGUCCCACCAGCACCUCAGCAAGGAGUCACUCGCAGGAAACAAACCUGCCAAUGCCGUCUUGCAUAAGGUUCUUAACCAACUGGAGGAGCUUCUGAGUGACAUGAAAGCGGAUGUAACGCGGCUCCCAGCCACACUCUCGAGAGUCCCACCGAUCACAGCCCGUCUGCAGAUGUCAGAGAGAAGCAUCCUCAGCAGACUGGCCAACAAAGGCAACGAGACACUUACAACACCGCCUAUUCCUCCGGGUCCCUACGCCACCCCACAGAACUUCGGCCCACCCUUUACACCUGCACCCUCAGCAGCUCUCACUCUGGCUGGGGCCAACUAUAGCCAGAUGCCCCCUGGCUCCUUCAUAUCAGUGCUGAAUGGACCCCCCAUGUCAGUAAAGAAAGAGAGAGAGGCGGAUCUUCUGAUGGCUCGGAGGGAACAGCGCAGUGGGGAAGUGAUCUGCAUCGAUGACUGAAUUCAGCCCCUCCCAACACACAUAUACAGAUACACACACACACACACACACACACACACACGCUGACUCAAAGGACAUCUGCAUGCAAACGUAAACAACUAUUCCUUUAGAACACACGUAGAUGCAGACGUGCGCCUGCAACCCAACAGAUUGAUGAAUGAAAACAGACUACCCUCAGUAUCACGCCAGCACUUUCACGUCACCUCACGUUACAGCUACUUAUUAUUAUGCAGAGAAGGUGGUUUCCUCCUGAUCACUCACACACACACACAGAUACUGUAUUUCCCUUCCUCUCAUACUAUCUAUCCCAAAUCAACCUCGCAAUUCAAGCAUAUCUGAGCAGUUCAGUCAUACUCGCAUUCAUCCAAAGCCCUGUAAUCUCGCAAGCGCCCCUUGACACAGAUAUGAAGCUGCAUGUAUUUGGAAAAGCAUUCGCCGAGCUUCACUUCACCCGCAGUGAUUUGUUUUCCGACAGCAUGCAUAUCACAGUCCAUGGUUUAGUCAAGCAAAACGCCUGUGCAUUGAGCUGUGCCUACUAGUGCAGUCUUUCAAGAGAACCCUCAUCAUAAGCUAGCGUGACUGUUUCCGAGCCGCCAUGUACUGUAAAACAAGCUUGUAACCGUUGAGGUCUAUUAGCUGCAAGGAGACUUGCUUUCAGGCAUGGUGAUGAUUUGGGUUGGGAGGACCACCUUAAUAUACACGUAAUACAUUUCAAUGAAGAGGAAGAAACUAUUAACAGUAUUCUGGCCGAUUUUUCUCAUGUCGAUCUGGAAAAUAAUUAUAUAUAAAAAAAAUUUAAAAACUUGAGGUUACGUUUUUAACCUUCCACGACAGUAAGGAAGUAAUGUAUUAUUAAGUUCAGUUACAUACAGUAUUGGCUGCAUUAUUGUCUUGAAAUAAAAAAGACGUGUUUGUUAUGAAGUUUAUUUAGCCGUAUAAUGGGAAAUCAAGCAUUGAUAUGUAGAGCUCCCUGCCUUUUUAAGUAUUGACCCUUAAAGUUGUGUUAUGGUGAGGUGAAGAGGGUUCCACUGCUCGAGCCUUGAAAGUUUAAAAAAAUGUAACAUUGGCAAGACACCUUCGUACCUCCCUCAUAAUGUUUAUGAUUGUUACUGAAUCACAUUUGAUGGUCCUACACUUUCCAAACUCCUCUUUCUCUCUCUCUGAUCCCCCAUAACUUCACCAAAUCGCUCACUUUUCCAUGUCUCCGCUGCACUCCUUUCUUUUUUUCACAUUUCUCCUUUUUAUGAGCUCUUUGAUAUUGUUUGCGUAUUUAAGCUCAGUUUCAUUGUGAUCUCCUGUUUUUAAUUUGAAUUGUUAUUACAACUAUGAUUAUUGUUGUUGCUCUUAAUGUUGUCCUUGAUGUUACAAUUGCGAAGCUUCUACCAAAUGAAAAGAAUAAUAAUAAUAAAUAGUUGAAACAUUGAUACAUUGUAUGUUUGGUCCAUGACAUUUCUCAAUAGCGGACCUCUUGUAAUAAUAUUCAACGAAGAGGUUGAAUGAACUUUGGAAUGACUGACAUCAUGACUAUCUAAUAAACAUCGCUGAAUAUCUAGAUUGGGGGCUUGCAAAUAAAUAACCUGUAUGCAGUGGAUCACAUUUGUAACCAUAAAAUUGAAAACAUAAGAAUCCAUAUAUUCAAAUCAGCAAAUUAAAUUCCUUUAGGCAUUUCCGCAAUGUUUCUUUGCGAUCUUUGGCUCCUACAAAUACACAGCCUUGUAAUGUAAUUGCCUUAAAUGGUAAUACAACUGUUAAUAGUUAAUCAGCAGAUGUGAACUCUGUAUAUGGCUGCAGUUGUACUAUCCUUAGCUAGGCCUCAACUGAGUUGAAAUGUUAAGUUAUUUCCCCCUGUCCCCUCCAUAGUUCCUCUGUUGAAACUGAAAUAUUUUACAUUUCAGUGCUUGGUAUUAUUUGGGAGAGUUGUGUCAAAACAAGCACUUUCUGUCCAUUUCUUAUUUCUGCCUUUCAGUAUUGUUUGUUUUCAACAUUUGCAUUUUGUUUGUUUCCUGCUAAGCGUCACAGUGUUUGUUGUGAUUCCAGACAGUCAGUGACAAUGUUGUAAUUGACAUUCGGCACAUUGAACGGAACAUGUUAAUAAUGCAUCUUUCUCUCUUUUGUUUUGUUUGUAAUAAAAUAAAAAUUCAAUUGAA